UUUGAUUUUGCAGUGGUUGUCUCGCCAGGACAGCGUACAACGAUGACGGACUGGAAAAAGUUACUAGUGAUACUAAUUUUUGGUGUAGUGGCGGUUGUCUGUGAAGAAACAUCGACCGAUCAGCUUCCCAAAGAUGUGGACGAGGGUCGGGCAAGGAAGCGACUUCUUAAAUUUUUACUCAAAGCUCUCACACCAAUGAUCUCAUCACUUUCUUACCUGCUGCUGAUCAAGGCCAAGAUAGUUGUGGUGGGUCUUUUUUUAGUUGGAAUCUACUUCUUUGGGCACAAACUUUGGCCCGGUGGUUUCUGUGGGCACUCGAUCGUUUCUGAUGUGCCACCGCCGUACCUUGAUGGAUUCAGUGGAAUCAGCGGAUAUCACUCCAGUGGACCGGACAUUAUUUCCAGCUACCCAGGACCGGAACCGUGGACACUUCCUGGCUCAUACCUGCCACCAACGGGAUCGUCUUCGCCGUCACUGCCUCCUUCUCGGCGCGGCAGACGGGAUUUACUGCGUCGGGAGGACGAAGAAUUGCUGGAAAAUGAAAUGUACUGGACGGAUCAGUUAACUGAUAUGGCAUUCCGGUUUCUUGGUGUAACUGCGAGGGCAUGUAGAAAACGAUUCGUUUGUGAGUUUGACUUCCACGCACGAAGGAAUCCACUCUUGCUGUUCGCAACACGGGCAAUGGGUCGUGACAUUUUCCACAACUACCGGGACGCGAACGAUGAACGAGCCCGAUACUAUCAGGACUGUGGCCGCAUUUACGCGGAGUGCUCAGUACCAAAGCGAUCUCCACCGCGUUACGUCCGCCGGAAGGGACAACUGCCGUCUACGACGACUACAGAAGAACCGGAACAGGUAGACGAAACUGUUGUCCCUGAGGUACCGGAUUAUGAAACUGCCAAUGAAAUAUCGGCGGAAGAAAAUUCCCGAAUGAAUCACGAUAACGGUUGGCACCCGGUCACACCGGGACCGUUGGCGAAUUUUAUAUUACGACGCCCUCAGUCGAGCGAACAAAAUAGUGUAUAGAAGGGAACUAGGGAUGUCAGUGAAGCGUGAAUUGACGAAGAAAAGAAU